CGCGACACAACGCGACACGCCACCGUCGACGAGUCUCGACUCGUUCCAUCGCUGGACUUGCGCCAUGGCGAAGUAUGCGCAGAACACCACCUGCGGUACAACCUGCCCAUGGGGAAGUGCCGAUGAGAGCGCGCCCACGGACGCCUUCACCUUGGCGGCACAGAAAGCGGCCGCCAAGCGACAGGAGGCGCAGGACACGGUCCACGCUUCCUCGGUAAAGAUCGCCCACGGAGCCGACACGGGCCGCGCUUUGAAGGAAGAGAGCAAGGACAACGCGCCGCCCAGCGGUCGUUCCUCGGUGAAGUCAGCGCGCGACGCGAACCCGGUGACGGGACGCAGCACGGCCUCGGCCAAGGUGAAGGAAGCGGCAGUCGAGAAGAAGAUGAUGAGUUUGAUCGAACAAGUGUUGGACAAAAAGGUCAUCGAGUUGCGUGAGGAGCUGGCAGUUCCCGCUUCCAAGGUGGUCGCCCCUUCCAACCCCUCGAGUGCACCCAGCACCUCCCGCACCGAAGCGUCGGUGGUCUCCGCCGUGUCACAGAUGACCCAAGAGGAACAUGAAGCAGUGACCAUGGCCAACAAACGCGCGAAUAUCAAGAAGCUUUCGGACGCCUCACUGGGGAAGUUUGACGCCGACCAGUCGCGCGUGGCUUACUUGGAGAUGCAACGCAGCGCAGCGGAGGCGCGCAACAAGAACCGCUCCGCGAUCUGCUUCGACUACGAGCCCGAGCCCCGUGCACCGGCGCCGGAGGCGCCCAAGGCGAAGGCGUCCAAGGCAUCCAAGGAGGCCAAAGCCAAGGUGCCGAAGGUGCCGAAGGUCAAGGCUGAGGAAGUGAAACCUGGCUACGAAGCCUUGGAACGCUAUCCAGCUCUGUUGAAGGAGAUCAACGACCUCUCCGGUGCGCGUCGGGACGCGCCUGAGGGACUCACCAGUAAUGGCAAGCAGAAACAGGCCAUGAAGCUCUCCGAUGCCUCCUUGGGCAACUUUGAUGCGGACGAAUCACGCCUGGCCUACUUGGAAAUGCAGAAGAGUGCCGCAGAGGCUCGCAACAAGAACCGCUCCGCCCUUUGCUUUGGUGAUGAAACUGCUUCCGGUGGCAAGAAGGUCGCUGCUUCCGCGCAGAAGGAUGUGACGAUGGCAGAGAAGCGAGAGAAGGCCAAAAAGUUGUCAGAUGCGUCGCUGGGGAAGUUUGACGCCGAUGCGUCGCAGAUUGCAUACCUUGACAUGCAGAACACCGCUGCAGAAAUGCGAAACAAGAAUCGCGUGGGGCAGGGUAUCUUCUGAGCUGCGCAUAUGGUUAGACAGGUUGGAUCUCAAGCCAAAGCUGGGUCCGGGCAUGGAAUGCAUGGAAGGUGC